UCUACUCAAUUCUUAAACAUCACGUUAAAAAAAACAAAACUAAAUAAAUAUAGGCGCUCGAGAGACAACUUUCUUUCUCUGUUCACGAAAGCCCCAUGAAACAACGGAAGCCGGCGUGUAUGCCCUCAGUGUCAAUUACAUGUUUUUAGCACGCUCAUUAAUAAAGAUGUUCGCUAAUAACCCCGUGCUGAACAGACUGGAGCAGAGGACAGUGGAAGCCGACGAGGUUAUUGAAUACCUGAAGCAACAAGUUCUCCUGCUGAAGGAAAAAGCCACCUUGCAGGCCUCUAUUAGAGAGGAAAAAAAGCUUAGAGUGGAAAAUGCUAAACUGAAAAAGGAUGUCGAGGAACUGAAAAAACAGCUGAUCGAGAAAGAAAAAAGGAAUGGAGUUAAAGAGAUCGCAGUUCCUGCAGCGGCUGCUGUCCAGUCCAGUUCCAAAGUGCUUGUUUGUGAAACUGUGAAACCAGCUGCCUCUGUGACUGCAGCGGUACCGGCCAACAAAGAAAAGGCUCAGAAAGCGAAUGAAGACAAGAAGAAGAAAGAAAAGAAAGGAGAAAACAAGAAGUCUACAGGGGGUGAGGAUGAAUCCAUGCCAGUUGAUGUGUCUCGGCUUGAUCUGCGUGUUGGCAGGAUCGUGACAGCGAAGAAACACCCCGAUGCAGACUCUCUAUAUGUGGAAGAGGUAGACGUGGGAGAAGCAACUCCCAGGACUGUCGUCAGCGGCCUAGUGAAGCAUGUGCCCAUAGAACAGAUGCAAAACAGGAUGGCUGUGCUCCUUUGCAAUCUGAAGGCUGCCAAGAUGAGGGGGGUGGUAUCGCAGGCCAUGGUGAUGUGUGCCAGUUCUCCUGACAAGGUGGAAGUCCUCGAUCCUCCCAGCGGAGCUGUACCUGGGGACAGGGUCACCUUUCGGGGCUUUCCUGGUGAACCUGACAAGGAACUGAACCCCAAGAAGAAGGUCUGGGAGCAGAUCCAGCCUGACCUCCGCACUGAUGGCCAGUGCAUCGCGACAUACAAGGGGGCAGCCUUUGAAAUCACAGGGAAGGGAGUCUGCAAAGCUCAGACCAUGAGCAACAGUGGAAUUAAAUAAAAAAGGGGUGUGCACUGGCAAUGCUGUUUUUACCUUGAACAACACUUGAUGUGCCAGAAUAAAGGGGAGCCCCAAGCAUGGGUUAAUGACUGUAGAUCAAUCACAAUAAAGAUUUUUAAAGUCCAAA